AUGGGGAUCCCGCGUCUAACCCAUUGCUUGAGGCCAUAUGCUGUCUCUAGGUCCCUUGCUGGUUCUAUAGUAGUUAUCGAUGGACCGGGACUCGCAUAUCACGUCUGGCACAUAUGCCUUGGCGCAAGACGGAAUGCAGGGAACGCCUUCGAGACUGCAAUAUCAUAUGCUGAGAUUGGGACCGUCGUCCUUGCAUGGUUGGAUGCACUCCGGCGAAAUCACGUAUCCAUAAAAAGAAUAUAUUUUGAUGGAUAUUUGCCUCUCUCAAAACGAGAUGUUAGAGAAGACCGAAUCGUACGGCAAACUCAACAGCUAUUUCAAUUCCACAAAUCCCACCCGUUUCCUUGUCGGAUUUCCUCGGUCGCGAGCGAGAAUGGCCUGCAGGCUCUCUUUUCUCGCGCCACUGUGCCUAGUAGACUGACGGAAUUGCCUCCUCUGCCAUUCUUGGUACCAGCUGUUCUUGAAGCACUUGGGACUUCUGAUAAUUAUAGAAGUAUCACUGAAGUUGUUCCUGCUGAAGCCGACGUGUACUGCGCUCAGUCUGUGAAGGAUAGCGGUGGCGUCAUUAUCACUGGGGAUUCUGACCUUUUGGUACACGACUUAGGCCAGGACGGAGCUGUCAUAUUCUUCGGAGAUCUGGAAUCCAAUUUGUAUGACCAGUCUGGUUCUUUGAGUGGCCUGGUAUACCAGCCGGCAGCAAUUGCAGACCGACUAGGUUUGCCAGAACCCUAUGGGCUGCAUGCCUUGGCAUUUCAGAUGAAGAUAUGCACUCCAGGCUCACUUGCAAACCAUCUUGUGCGGGCGAAAGCCCUUGAGGCCAUCGUUGCUUAUCCCGAUAAGUACCAAGAUUUCAGGAAAGAAUAUGUCUCCUUACUGGUCGUACCAGACGAACGGGAUGAGGAAAUUGAAGCUCCAGCAAUCCUUCGAACAAUGGAUCCACGAGUCUCCGAAUAUGUACUUCAGUAUCCAUGUAUCGCCAACCUAGCAGGCCAGAUCCCCGAGAAAAUUCCUUCUGGCACUUCGCCCCACAUCUUCAUUCCGUUUUUACUCGACUGUCCAAUUCGUACCAACGCGUGGGAAAUGUCGAUGGCCAUUAGGCAGAUAGCUUAUGGUCUGAUGAACCUAAUCGUUCCAGAGGAUCAGCGGCAGUCCACGGUCUUCGAACACAAAAGACAAGAGGGUAAAUCGAGAGGUCGAGAGUUAACAAUACCUGACACUUUUCAAAUACUGGAAGCCUGCAGCGACCUCGUAGCUCUUCUUUCUUCUCAACUGCCUACAGAACUUGUAGGCAUAGAAGCAUCUCCCUCAACGAUUUGGACUGCAGCAGCUGUAUACCAAGAUAUCCAAUGGGCACAUUAUAACUUUAAGCCCAGCCUUAGUCAGUUGGUAGGAUCCCAAAUCAACACCAUGGAUCAUAAGUUCGAUGUCAGCAAAGACCUCAGCUGGGAUGUCUUCCAUUUGUACGCCCAGAUUCAAGGGUCUUAUUACUCCUUCAGGAUGCUCAAACAGAUCCUAGCCCUUGUAAUCUCACAGAAGCAAAGUAGUGCUCUGCCCAAGCCCCUGACAGAAUUGAACGGCGUCCUUCAGAAUCUACCUGCUUUAUCGUGCAUCCCAGAUAUUGCCCAGGCUACUCCUGUCUUCGAAGGCGUCGAGAAGAAUGGUAUGCUAGUUGCUGCCCAAAAGAUUCUAGGGAUAUUCCUGCCAGUAUUGCCAUCGAGCGAGCCUCGCAAGGCGAUAGAAACCAAGCGUAAGAGAGACCAAAGAACUGCCACUCUGCCAACGAAGCGCGAAAAGCCAAAUAACCCCUUUGGUUUUCCCCGCCUUCCCAUUGAACUACGUUCUAUGAUAUGGAGCUUUUCGAUGCUAAACACACCCGGACGAUACAUCUCUCUGAUUCAAGAUUCUGAGACCGACGAUGUCGUCUCAACUACGCCCCCUCCGACCCUCCUCUCCGUCUGCGCUCUGUCGCGACUCGAGGCUAAGAAACAUUACCGCAAACUCCGGCUCACUUCCCAGAAUAUCUCACCGAUUUGGGUUAACUUCACGCUUGAUACCUUUCGGUUCGACUUCCAAUUGAUGGCAGACAGCAAGCUCGACCCCGCAGACCUCGCCAGCCUUGUCUCUCUUGAACUCGCGUUCUCUGACCUCUACAAUUGGCUCCCAGAAGAUGACAUUCUACCGAAGCUAGUCGAUUGCGAGAACCUGCGCUACUUGAAGGCUGUCUACCCAGCACAUGGGCCCUGGAAUCACGAAGGAUUUUGCAACGAUGCUCGUUUUACGUUUGAAGAGCUCGCGGAUCUAAUUGAGGCCUUGCAAGGCUCUGAGGACGAUAACCUGACAUCAAACAAUGCCACUGGAUGGGCUCUUCUAAAACUGGAGAUUAUGACUAUGGUCUUAUGA